AUGCAAGAAGCUAAGAUUUCCUAUUCAUCUGAUUACCUGUAUCGGCCGGAGUCUGGCCUGGCUCCACGAGAUGCUUGGAAGUCGCAUCUAUGGUUUGCAUUUUUCUCCAGUCCAUCCGCCACUUUGGAGCAUCCUCUCAAUUAUGGGCACCAUGUGUUUCUGACAAUGGAGGGGCAACUUGGUAGCUUGGAGGAAGUGGGACAGGGUGGUUACGAAAUGGCAAAUGGUGCUCUCUUUUGA